ACGACAUUGGUUUCACCACCACCACUCGCUCCCACUCUGCACUCGCUACCCUCUCUCUCUCUAAGCUCCCUUUUUCUCUCUCUAGAAGAACGACGACGGGGAAGAAGAAAUCUAGGGUUUUGAAGGGGUCUCUCAUUCGAAGUAGACGAAGAUGAGCUUCGAUCCGGUCCCUUCGAGCACUCAUGGCAAUCUCGAGGAGCAGAUUUCUCAGCUUAUGCAGUGCAAACCCUUGUCCGAGCAAGAGGUUAGGGUAUUAUGCGAAAAAGCAAAGGAGAUUCUAAUGGAAGAAAGCAAUGUGCAGCCUGUGAAAAGUCCUGUAACUAUAUGUGGUGACAUUCAUGGGCAAUUUCAUGAUCUUGCAGAGCUUUUUCGAAUUGGAGGAAUGUGUCCAGAUACGAACUAUUUGUUUAUGGGAGAUUAUGUUGAUCGUGGCUAUUAUUCAGUCGAAACUGUAACGCUUCUGGUGGCCCUGAAGGUGCGCUACUCUCAACGAAUAACUAUUCUAAGAGGAAACCAUGAAAGUCGUCAGAUAACUCAAGUCUAUGGAUUUUAUGACGAAUGCCUAAGGAAAUACGGCAAUGCUAAUGUGUGGAAGAUCUUUACGGAUUUGUUCGACUAUUUUCCACUUACCGCAUUGGUCGAAUCUGAGAUAUUUUGUCUCCAUGGUGGAUUGUCCCCUUCCAUUGAAACUCUUGACAACAUCCGUAAUUUUGACCGUGUUCAAGAAGUUCCUCACGAGGGUCCCAUGUGCGAUCUUUUGUGGUCUGACCCUGAUGAUCGUUGUGGUUGGGGUAUCUCACCCAGGGGUGCUGGAUAUACUUUUGGCCAGGACAUAUCUGAACAAUUUAACCAUACCAACAACUUAAAGCUCAUUGCUAGAGCACACCAGCUGGUUAUGGAGGGAUUCAACUGGGGCCAUGAGCAAAAGGUAGUUACCAUAUUUAGUGCACCUAAUUAUUGUUAUCGCUGUGGGAACAUGGCAUCUAUCCUUGAAGUAGAUGACUGCAACGGCCACACUUUCAUUCAGUUUGACCCAGCUCCCAGGAGAGGAGAGCCAGAUGUAACCCGAAGAACACCAGAUUACUUUCUAUGAUGCGGCUGCCAUUGAGUUGUUACCCUGACUGCGAGCUGCAAGAGCCUGCUAGCUGGUUUAUGUGUUUUUCAAAUUUGAAACUUAUAAGUUCGCUAUGAUGGUGGUGGGGUGGCGAAGUGUGUAAAACGGGCAGGUAAGGCUUCCUUUGAUUCAGUUGUUUCCUGAAACUAUACCAAGUUGCUGCAGAAGAUGCACUAGAGCCAACUAUGCGUAUGUUGCAUGUGUACCAUUUCCUGCUAACAAUAUGGCAUCUUCUCUUUCCUCAAUCCUUUGUUUUUUUUUACUACAUUUUUUGUCUUUUUCUUGUCAUGGAUGAUCAUUUAAUGGGGGUCAAUAGAGGGAACACUUUUUUUUUUUUUUCCUUUUCUUAUUAUGGUGUUUUUAUAAUUUUUUCAAUAGUUGAAGUAAGUUCUGUAAUUGGUAAGAUGAUUUUUAUUCCCAUGAUGGUCUUCAUUGAAUUUGAUGGAUUUGGAUGGUC